CAAAACGUCACAUCCGCGCGACAGCAGGGUUACAGCCUGGUUUAGCUGUCAAGCCGUAGCUUCUUCAGCUUGGGUUUCUCAUAUUCUUCUCUAAUAUAAGCGCAAACAAACAUGUCGACCGCCAUGAAUUUCGGCUCGAAGAGUUUUAAACCUCGGCCUCCCGAUAAAGGCUCUUUUCCUCUGGAUCAUUUUGGAGAGUGUAAAACCUUCAAAGAGACGUUUAUGAGGUGCCUGAGAGAAAACAGCUUUGACAACUCAAAGUGUCGGCUACAGUCCAAAGACUACCUGGAAUGCAGGAUGGAUCAUCAACUUAUGACCAGGGAGCCUCUGCAGAAACUGGGAUUCAAGGACUUGAUGGAUCCUCCUCCCAGCCAAGAGGAAUCUACACCCUGAUGUGGUGCUGUUUCUGAAGUGAACAACCAGGAGUCUCUAAGAACGUAAAAUAUCCAACUUUAUGUUGUGAAUAAGAUAACCCCUGCCCUCCAGAAAAAUACAUAUGGAGCGACUGCAGUGAGUGUGAAGCUAAGCGGAAAGCCUUCAAGGACUGAGAAUGCAGGCCCUUCAGGAGGUGGCUGGGUUUGAGGCUAAAGAUUGUAAAAUGAUGUGCUGCAUAAACAGAAAGUGCUUAAUAUAAAGAGGUGAUUUAAAAAAAAAAAAAAUAAAGUUUGUGUUUUUCAA